CGCGGAAUAAUAGAAUUGAUCACACUUUGUUCAGAGUCAAAAUUGUCAAUCAUUGGACAUUCCAGCUCGUUCAUGAGCUGGUCGUGCAUCUUGAACAUCAGAACAUGCCCUUAAUUUACACGUAGCUUAAUCAAGUUUGGAGAUCUCAUCUGACCUGAGCAUGGUGUGAUUCGUUUGUCACACUCACAAUGCAACUCCACAGCAAAACGAUGCUCGUUGUGUUCAUCAAUAUCGUGUUCAUCCACUGCCUUAGCGUGAACAUUGGAGCGGCGGUGGCCAACCCUGCAGCCAGCGAUGGCCGGUUCGUCCACCACGGCUUCACGGCGGAGGACCUCACCAUGGACGGCCUCGCCGCCGUCACGCCGACCGGGCUCCUCGCGCUCACCAACGCCACGUACCAAACGAAAGCCCACGCGUUCCACCCUGCGCCUCUCCGCUUCCUCAACACGUCGUCGUCCGCCGCCGCCACCGUGCGGUCCUUCUCGACGUCGUUCGUGUUCGCCAUCGUGUCCGACGACCCCAGGUUCAGGAACAACGUCGACCAUGGGCUCGCGUUCGUGGUCUCCCCGACCAAGAACCUCUCCACGGCGAACGCCGGCCAGUACCUGGGCCUCCUCAGCAUGGCCGACGACGGCAAGCCGAGCAACCACGUGUUCGCCGUCGAGCUCGACAUCAUCACGAACCCCGAGUUCGGCGACAUCGACAGCAACCACGUCGGCGUCGACGUCAAUAGCCUCAGGUCGCUGCAGGCGAAGACCGCCGGCUACUAUGUCGACGGCGACGGCGCGUUCCGGAGCCUGCAGCUCAACAGCCAGAAGCCAAUGCAGGUGUGGGUGGACUACGACGGCCAGGCCAAGCAGCUCAACGUGACGCUGUCUCCCGUGCAAGUGCCCAAGCCCAAGAAGCCUCUGCUCUCCCAAGCCAUCGACCUCUCCACGGUCAUGGCCGAGGAGAUGUACGUCGGCUUCUCGUCGGCGACGGGCGUCGUGUUCACGCACCACUACGUCCUCGGAUGGAGCUUCAGCUUCGACGGCGGAGCUGCUCCCUCACUGGACUUCUCCAUGCUGCCCAAGGUGCCACGAGUGGGUCCUACACGUCGGUCAGUAAUGCUGUAUGUUGUGUUGCCGAUUGCCAGUGCACUACUGUUUCUUGUUGCGUUUGUUCUGGGUGUCUUCUUCGUGAGAAGGUGGCACCGGCAGUUUGCGGAGGUGCGCGAAGAUUGGGAGGUUGAGUUUGGUCCGCAUCGGUUCACAUACAAGGAUCUGUUUCAUGCUACGCAGGGAUUCACAGACAAGAACCUACUCGGUGCGGGAGGGUUUGGGAGCGUGUACAAGGGUGUGCUUCCCGUGUCCAAUACAGAGAUAGCGGUGAAACGGGUGUCACACAAUUCAAGACAAGGGAUGAGAGAGUUUAUUGCUGAGGUGGUAAGCAUCGGCCGUAUCCGACACCGGAACAUCGUGCGGCUCCUGGGUUACUGUCGGCGCAAGGGAGAACUUCUCCUUGUUUAUGACUACAAGACAAAUGGUAGUCUUGACAAGUGUUUGCAUGAUAAUGCUACAUCAACCACACUCUGUUGGCCCAAGAGGAUCCACAUCAUCAAAGGUGUUGCGUCGGCAUUAUCGUACCUACACAAGGAUUGGGAGCAAGUAGUGAUCCAUCGAGAUGUCAAGGCAAGCAAUGUUCUUCUAGACAGCGAGAUGAAUGGACUAUUAGGGGAUUUCGGCUUGUCAAGGCUACGGGAUCAUGGAGCCGAUGCAAAGACCACAUACGUGGUAGGAACUAUGGGUUACAUUGCCCCAGAGCUCAUGCACACGGGGAAGGCAACACCGUUGACGGACGUGUUCGCGUUCGGUGUGUUCCUCCUCGAGGUCACCUGUGGACGAAGGCCGAUUGGGGAAAGCGAUAGCAACGAGAUUCUAUUAAUAGAUUGGGUGCUGAAGCAUUUUCUUAGCGGAUCCAUCCUUAACGUGGUGGAUCCCCGGCUUGCAGGGAGGUUCAGCUUCGAGGAGGUGAAUCUUGUUUUGAAACUAGGACUAAUGUGCUCACAUCCAUUGCCCAAGGCAAGGCCAAGCAUGGACAAAGUUGUGAAGUACCUCGAUGGUAUGCUUCCAGCACCAGAGCUAUCACCGACGCACAUGAGCUAUAACAUGAUGGAGUUGAUGCUACAGAAUGGGGUUGGUUCACAUAGUUUACCCGUGUGGUCCUCUUUGUUAGAUAAUAGUGUUGGUACAAUGUCAUCUGCUUCGGUUCUCUCGGACGGGAGAUGAUUCUGAAGCUUGUACCCGAUACUUGUCAGUGGGCUCGGUAAUCCUUUGUAUUUUGUUGUU